UUGUGCCAGUCCUCCUUCUAAAACUUCCCACCACCCCGCACCCAGUGACGUCCCUCCCACCCUUGUCGUUCUUUUCUCUCUCACCAUCGUUCUCUUCGCGCGGGGGGUCGUGCCCAUGUCUGUACUAUCACCCUUCCUCUUCUUGUUCGCGCUCGCAUCCGCGUAUCUCGCCGCCGCCGACCGUAACGUGACCGUAGAUGACACCAGCUCGGACAUUCGGUAUUUGGGGGACUGGACUACGUCCGCGACGACGGAGCUCGACUAUGGCGGGACGCACCAACUGACGGAGGAUCACUCGGCGACCGCGAAGCUGACGUUCACUGGCAAUGCAGUAUACUUCAUGAGCCCCAAAUGGCCGUAUACGGUCAAUGUAGCCGUGUCUGUCGACGGUGGCGAGGUUUCUCUCAUUGAUCUCAUCGAUCACGACUCCCCUACGCAAGACGGCGGGUCCGAGACGAAGGACUGUCAGGUCGUUUGGGCGCGAACUGGAUUGGAGAAUGCGGAGCACACUUUGACUGUGAGCGUGGGUGGGGGGCAACAAUUCGCGAUUGUCGAUGCUAUCAUUUACACCGUCGAGGACGAGGAAACCACCACCGCCAAUCCCACAUCAACACAGGCGCAUACUUCGCAAUCGACGAGUGCUACCGAAACCAGCUCUUCUGAAUCCGAGCCCUCUGCAACGCAAGUCGGAGCUACCAGUGAUCACAAGAAGAAUGGCGCGACGAUCGCCGCCUCCGUCACGGUCGCCGUGCUUGGUAUGCUCGCUGUCGCGCUCACGUUCUUUUGCAUGAGCCGCCGCAAAAGAAAGCAGCAGCAACAGCAAGGAAGCCUCCUUCACCACGCCGCCACAUUCGAGAAGUACCCGCCCGACUCCGACUACGGUGCCCACGCUGAGCUGAACUACCUCGCCGCGGUCUCUCCUGCGUCGUCGCGCACCUUCGUCGGCUCGCAAGGCUUCCCUUCGCCCUCGGAUGGUCCGAAGUAUGCACACUACCCGCAAUUCUCGCCGACGACGGCGGGCCACGAUAUUCCAGACGCGACCUCGACCUCGGCCGCGCCCCACCCAUACGCAGUCGCGCCCGCAAAUCCCGCGCCUGUCACGACGGCGCAAUUGCAGGAGGCUUUCCGGAACAGGACGUUGCAGUCGGACUCGGAGAAUGCGGGCGCUUGGCCAGCUCCCAUCCAGCAGCCCCAGCAACCCACGCAGGUGCCGAACUCGUACAACCCCGCUCCCAGCGCGUACGUGCCUCCGUCAGGCGUGCAUCGACUGUCGACCAUUACGGAGAUGUCGUCUAUCGCGUCGCUGCAGCCCUCGAUGCAGUCGCUUCAGUCUGCCGCCGCACCGUCCUCAGCUGUGCAGCCGUUGCAGCCACCGGCAGCGCUCGGUGUCGACAGCAAUCGACUGUCUGCCGCGCCGUCUGAGCACGACCUGCCCUACCUCUCUGCAAGCCCCACGCGCCAGUCCUUCCGACUAUCGGGAAGCGGCCCAGUCGGCGAGCGGUACGCGGAGUCCUCCGGCGGAGCGAGUGACUUUUCGGCGGGUCACGUCUCCAACGUGAGCGUUCCGCAGGACGCGGUGAACCCGAUGCCAACGCCCAAGCGCACGCACUCGAUCAAGCGCGUACCGCCGCCGAAGGCAUAAGGCGUUCUAUGGUGACGAUCUUGACGAGCAGCGAUGUCUUGCAUGCUUUGCCUUCGAUGCUUCUUCUGCGGCGACCAUCGACUUGGGCGUGUCAUAUAGCUAUCUAUUUGCUUUCCGCGCAUUCGUUCGCACACGCACGUACACCUUUGCGUAUUUUUGCUUUCGCAGUCCUGGCUGA